AUUGACAUACCAACAGAGGAUUUGUUACCUUCACAUAUUAGGACAAACAAGAACGUCACAGUCAUGAACAAAUUCAAUGUUUUGUAAUGUUUACAGUACAUACAAUAUGCCUCUGUUUAUCCACCAGCUGGCAAUGCACGCCGCGCGCUUGUAGACUUGCCACGCUCGUUCAAUGAGUAAUCAAACACCCCUCAAUGACAACGAUCUAAGUUCGACUGCACACGAUGCGAAAGCUUCUCAUUAUUGCAUCAGAACUCAGUAUGCCUACUUCAUCCAACAUCGACAUGAUGGGUGAGGGUGGCGACACCGUUGACGAGGAAGUCAACUGGCUAGACUGUGUAUCCGCCAUUGAAACCGACAAAGGAGUUGUGUAUUUUUGUAACGUCGAAUAUUUUUCACAGGGUGCAGACCCGACUGGUAUAUUACAAGGAUGCGAGCAAGAUGAAGGAUCAACCUUCGAUUACAAACAGAAUGAAGUCAAGGUUAGGAAGGUACCGAAGGAAGUCAGUAGUGUGGUGUGUUCUGAGAAAGGGCGGGUACUUGAGGGAAAGCCAACUAAACCUCUGUUAACCCCUGUGACAGACUUUGUGUCUCGUUUUCACCGACUAGGUCAAGGAUGUUUCAUGUAUUCGAUCACCGCCUACAACCCUCAAGACACGCAACAAGACAAGGUCCAGAACUGCAGGAGCAACCAACUGCUCUUCGCGGAUCUCCAGUACGCCUUCCCUGAAUGUGACGUCUUCAAGAACUUUUCCUACUUUCCAGGUAGACCACAUCACUUCGAACGGGGAUACACGGUAGUUCUACCAUUGACUUACCAAAAAGAUCACGAAGGUAUCCUUCACAAUCUUGCCCUAAAGUACAAGCAAGCAGCCUAUUUCAAGUGCCGUAUUCUACCCGAUGGAAGGAGCACCCAAACCAUUGUGCUACUUGAGGAGUAUGUUAAAGAAGUCCAGGAAAGCCUCGUCGUGGUGAAGCGAUUAGGGUACCACCCUGCUUAUCUUACGAGGAAGAACAACAGUGUCUUCCAUGGACUUCAUGAUGCUCUGAGCGUACUCUCAAAGUGUGACUAUUUACCCGAGGCUGGUGAAUUAAUGAGAAUAGCCCAUUGUGAGCUGACGACGACUUGUAACAUUGGAAAUCAAAGAGCUUAUAAUCACCCAGUAAUCGUAAUGGAAGGAACAAGUGAAGCAGGUUUAUCCAACCACACCUUCCGCCUUAGUCAAGCGAUCGGCGGAACUCGUCUCCAGUCUCCACCAUCCUGCGUACAGCAUCUCAGGGAGACGUUUGAGAAGCAGAACAAGCUGGUCCAAGCAGCUUACUACACCGUGGGUAACUACAUCCUGGGUUCGUACGUAGAGAAAGCAAGAAAGAAUGCACCUGUGGUGCUAGACAGAUUCUGGAACAGCACUGCUGCUUUUUCUAUAGCGUCGGAGAUUGAGAGAGGCGUAUCGAACCUCCCACCGAAAGAUCACUUCGUGUAUGAGUGGCCACAGGACCUCACCAAGCCUGACGUAGUCAUACUAGUUGGAUCCAAGAAGGCCAUACGACACAAGAGCAACCGGAGCGGUGGCGAGCGCAUUACCAAACAACUGAUGUUUGAAAUCUUACGCCGGAUGAAGACUUCGUCUUGGAUCGAAGUUGAUAGCAUCCGAGACCGAUGCCAUUCGGAUGAAGCUGUUACCAUGGUGACAGUGGACAAACUGAAGUCCAAGAAUAUUGGUAACUUCCGGUCCGGCCCUAAAGAGAAUGGGAUGUGUCCUGGUACCGGACUGCAUGCAACCAAGGAACACGAUACCCUGCCUGUUGGCGGACUUGUGGUACUAAAGGAAAAUUUAGAACAGGAAGAGAUUGGAUUCAUGUGAAG